AUGGCCCAAGACCACUGGUGGAAAGCAAAGGCAUCUCUGGGGGUAUAUAAGCCGCGUGGCCCGAUCUCCUUUCUGGGCGCUCAAGUUCUUUGGUUAUUUGAGGAUUUCGGUGCCCAUCAUCUUGAAAAUAACUUCCAGGCUAGUCGACUAUGUACGUAUAUUGGGCCUUUAACUUGGAUUUAUUUCGCCUACCAUGCAUGGGCCGCCAACAGAAGUCAGACAGCGAUUUCUGACCUGUAUCCAUAUUUCUCGCUUUCGAGAGAAAUGAGGAAUUUUUAUGCACCGAUAUCCUUUGGCUACAUCAAAGAGCCCCGAAUCGAUAUCCAGCGAAGGGGUGACCGAACUUCUUCAGGGCUGAGGUGUUUUCGCGCGAAAAGGCGAAUUGCGCUCUAUGGAGUUGUAGAAUAA